UUCCUGCCCUCUCCCCGGCCCGGCCCGGCCCCGGCCUCCCCGCACAGACUGUCUUCUGAAGAUUGAUGUCUGUUUCCUUCAUUUCUUCCGUUUGGGUGUCCUUCUGCAUAAACAUGGCACAGCUCCAGCAGGGAGGUCCAGAUGAAAAAGAAAAGACUACAGCUCUAAAAGAUUUAUUAUCGAGAAUAGACUUGGAUGAACUGAUGAAAAAAGAUGAGCCACCUCUUGAGUUUCCCGAUUCUCUUGAAGGAUUUGAAUAUGCUUUUAAUGAAAAGGGGCAAUUAAGACACGUAAAAACUGGGGAGCCGUUUGUUUUUAACUACCGGGAAGACUUGCACAGAUGGAAUCAGAAGAGAUAUGAGGCUCUUGGAGAGAUAAUCACAAAAUAUGUGUAUGAGCUCCUGGAAAAUGAAUGCAGUUUGAAAAAGAUCUCUCUCCCAGUAGAUGCUACUGAGAGUGAGCCAAAGAGUUUUAUCUUCAUGAGCCAGGAUGCAAUGACAAACCCGGACAAGCUGAUGGUUUUAAUUCACGGUAGUGGAGUUGUCAGGGCAGGUCAAUGGGCUAGAAGACUUAUUAUAAAUGAAGACUUGGACAGUGGCACACAGAUACCAUAUAUUAAGAGAGCUAUGGAGGAGGGGUAUGGUGUCAUAGUUCUCAAUCCCAAUGAAAAUUACAUCGAAGUGGAAAAGACAAAACCACAAAUGCAGUCACCUUCCGAUAACUCAGAUGAACCUGCCGAGAAAAGAGAAAGAAAGGAUAAAACCCCUAAAGAAACAAAGAAGAGGCGUGAUUUCUAUGAAAAAUAUCGUAACCCCCAGAAAGAAAAAGAAAUGGUGCAGUUGUAUAUCAGAGACAACGGCUCUCCUGAAGAACAUGCAAUCUAUGUAUGGGACCACUUCAUAAGCCAAUCAGCUGCUGAAAACAUAUUUUUUGUUGCUCACAGCUAUGGAGGUCUUGCUUUCGUUGAGCUGAUGAUUCAACGAGAAGCAGAUGUAAAGAGUAAGGUAACUGCUGUGGCGUUGACAGACUCCGUUCACAAUGUAUGGCAUCAAGAAGCUGGCAAAACUAUUCGAGAAUGGAUGAGAGAGAACUGUUGUAAUUGGGUCUCUAGUUCAGAACCAUUAGAUGCAUCAGUGGAGUCCAUGUUGCCUGAUUGUCCUCGAGUCUCUGCAGGGACGGAGCGGCACGAGUUGACGUCCUGGAAGAGUUUCCCGUCCAUUUUCAGAUUCUUCGCCGAAGCUUCAGAGGCCAAGAACAGUUCGCUGAAACCGGCCCUAACGCGCCGCUCCAACAGAAUCAAGCAGGACGAGUUCUAGGAAGAGACCGCGCCGGCCACACGCCAGACACACAACAAACACACACACGACACACGCGCCUCUCUUUCUCUCCCUCUCCCACACCAAACACAGAA